CUUGGGGUUGCUUGGGUUUCUGUUCAAGCCACGUUGAAACGGCUGGACAGCACGCAGUUAGAUGCGGACCGCCUGUCCGCAAAAUGUGCAAUGAGCCAUGACCUUCACAGGUGAGCGCGUCGGAGGGCCAAGAGCCUUGGUCAUCAAUUUGGAGAGCCGACCAGACCGGCGGCGAUGGAUGUGCAGGAGCUGCCUACCGGCGCUGAGCGAGGCGGGAGCGGAUGCUGCGCUGCUGCCAGCCGUGACGGUCACGGAAAAGGGUACUCCAGCUCCGUGGUGGCCGCUGAGCGAGUCCAAGCUGAAGGCGACGGAGGACCGCUGGCGGAGGCUCUUUCCGCAAGAGCCUUUGGGGCACAAGGAGAUCCGGCGCUUCUACGGCCGUGAGAUCUCCACGGGGGAGGUGGGGGUCUUCCUCAGCCACCGCGCAGCCUGGCAAGCGGCGAAAGGGGCGCCCUUUGCUCUGAUCCUGGAGGACGAUGCGGUGCCCGUUUCCUUCCUGCCGCCGCAGGAGGAGGAGGCUCAGGAGGCCUAUUUGCAGCUGUGCUGCCGGCGCUGGGCGGCUCUGUGGGCCGCCCUGCUCGAGGCCAUCCGCACCCUCGAGGCCAAGCAGAUUCCUUGGCACCUCCUGUUGCUGGGUCGGCACCGGUUUGGGGAAGAUGAGAAGAUCCUCGGGGAGUGCGACCUGGUGCUGGCCGGGUUCUCCACUUGCCUGCACGCAUACUGCGUGUCGCCGGAGGGGGCCGACCUGCUGCUGGAGCUUACCGACUCAGAGAUGAUCAUCCCCAUGGACGACCUGCUUCCAGGUCUUUGGUCCGGCCAGCACCCGCGGGAAGAUGUCGAGAGCCUUUGCCAGGAGGGCGCCGGCAAGCUGCGGGUGGCUGCCUUCCGCGAGGACUUGGCGUGGCAGCUCGAAAGCUUGCCAGCCGCGGAUGGGCGACCCAUUGCAGAGCUGUUCCGGUCGUUGAUGCGGUCCGACGUGGACAUGGGCGGUGACUGGGAGCAGCUUGCAGAGCGUCGCUUGGGUCGCCUGCCGCUGGCAAGGAUCUGUGGGGCAGCCGGGCUGCGGGCCUGCCAGGCGGCGGCGGCGAGCUGCCGGGAGCUGCGGGAGGGCCUGGCGCCGCCCAAGUGGCGGCAGCUGGCGCUGCAGCUGCUGCAGGAGCAGCAGGGCUGCGAGGAGGACCCCUUCCUUCCGCGCAUCCAGGGCUGGGUGCUCACGUGCCUGGAUCUCCUGGCGCGCAGUUCCGAGCGCGAGUCACCUGGAGCGCAACUUGUCGCUUGCCCAGAGCUCGGCCUGCGCUUCGGAGCGCUGCGCCGCGCGGCCGAAGCCCUGGAUCUUGGAGACUUCCCAGGUGGCAAGGUGGAGAGGCGGAGCGCCAUCGGCGCAGAAGACUUCCGGCGCAGCUUCGAGCUUGGCGGCAAGCCCCUGGUGCUGCAGGACUUUGCGGUGCAGGCCACGAGUUCCGGCUCCGCCUGGUCCGUGGAGAGGCUGGGGGAAGUCUUGCAGCAGCGCCCGUGCCGCUGCCAUGUGCAAGAUGACACCAUGGCUACGGCCACCGCCGGCAGGAACAAAGUGUCCGUCAUCCGGCUUCCGUUCAAUGAGUACCUGAAGUACAUGGAUAUGCAUCAGGACUCCGAGCCCUUGUACCUCUUCCAAGAGUUGGAUCCCGACAUCCGCCAGGCUGUGGACCCCAACUUCCACGCGCCGGUGCUCUUUCAGGAGGACUUCCUGCUGGAUGCCAAAGAGCCUCCAGAGGGCUUCACCGGGCUCAACGGUUGGCUGCUGCUGGGCCCGGCGGGCGCCGGCAGCCGCUGGCACUUCGACCCUUGGGGCACCGCGGCCUGGUCUGGGCGCCCAGCCGGGCAGGAACCUUCUCUUCGAGGGCUGCAAGCUCUGGGCCUUCGCGGCACCCGACCUGUCCGGACACAAAGCGCCGCCCAAAGUGCAGGCGGCGCUCAGCGGCUUGGCGGGGGACCGGUUUUACUACGUCGCCCCACCGGUGCUGGACCUCGCGGACGUGCUGGGGACCCCAGCGGCAGAUGAGCUUCUGUGGGCCCUGCAGAAGCCGGGGGACCUGGUCUUCAUCCCCAGCGGCUGGUGGCACACGACGGUGUCGCUGACAAAGACUUCAGCUUACACCAGGAACUACAUCAACAGCCACAACUUCCUUCGGGCGGAGGAGGCCUUGGUGAAGCUGCACCCAAACAUGGCCCAGCAGCUGCGGCAGUGGAUUUGGCGUCUGCAUGCCGACGACUCGGAGGGCGAAACGACCUCCAAGAAGC